AUGACCAGGAGUCGCUUGGAGUCCUGUCCAAAGGUCCUUUCAGUAUCUGAAUUUCUCUGGCCAUGCAUGCUAUUUCUCAUUCUGACUGUAAUCCGUUUCGAGGAACCGCCAAGAUACAGAGAGAAUUGUUAUUUGCAACCUCGUGAUUUGCCAAGCCAAGGUCUUUUUCUCUUUGCUCAAAGCCUUCUUUGUAAUACUGGCUCAAGAUGCAAGAACAGCAGUUACGCCGGUCCACAAAACAGCCACUUUCGGACUUCCAGAAACCAACCCGUUCAAGUCCCCAGCAUGAUGACGGGUGACCUCGCUUUUCUGAACGAGAUGCAAGACCUUACUCAGGGGGUUUCGGCAACGAUGGAAAAAGCUCUGACUUUGCGAAGGCUUUGGAUGGAAGAGUCAAAGUGGUCCAGCGUUAGUCUGGUUGCAGUAGAAACCUUGAAACCCUACUUUGAGUACCCUACUUCCCCUACUCCCGCGCAACCAGGAGCUGACUCUGGGAAGCUGUGGUCACUCAGGACCAGAGCCUGGAAGUUGUGGUUCCUCAGAACCAGGGGCUGGAAGCCACAGGCUCUGAGGACCAGGCCUGGAAGCUGUGCUCACUCAGGACAAGGGCCUGGAACCCGGGGCCCCUCAGGACCAGGGGCGGGAAGCCACAGAAGCCUUGGUGACCCUGAGCGCCAGAAUCGCUCACACCUGAAAUUACCGUCUGGGGCCCAAAUUGCUUUUUCACGGAGGAUCUUAAGUGAAGAAGUUUUGCGGAAAAGUGAAAAAAAAUUACUUGUAGAAAUGACAUUAUGUGUUAUUGCCGGAAAAGAUUACGGCACAUCAAUAACGUUCUGUUCUCAGUAUGCACCAAUGUAUUUUUCAAAAGUGCUUUUGAAGAGUGAAUCAGUGGGUUUUUCUGACAUAAAGCUGCCGGUGGAUCUCAAUAAAACUGAGGAAAUCAUUUCUGUUCUGGAAAACCUUCAUGACCAGCCCUAUAUUUGGAAUCUACUGCAUUCACUGUCAAAGCUCCAGACAAAAAACAUUAAUCUAGAAGAUGGGAUAUACAUUGCUAUUCAAUUCCUUCAGACAAUAACUAAUUCUCUAGCAACUCUAGAAGAGAUAUCUUGGCUGCCUCUAAACCAAACUAUUUCCCAAACCGUGAAAAUAGGCGUAAACAUGACCAUCACGGCACUGAACUUUCUACUGUCUAGGAGCAAGGAAGGGCCUGAGUACCAACUGUCCCUCAGGAAUAUGCUCUGGAAUGCUCAGGUAAUCAAAUCGCAGCUGAAAUCCCAAUUUGUUUUUGAUGAUUUUCUUACAGAGAACAUUCUGAAACAUAUCUAUGAGAUGUUUCAGCAGAGGCAAAAUGGUUUCCCGCCUCAGUUGCUUACUGGACUUGAACAAAGUUUAGUGAGCCUCAUGGAGCAGUACCCCAAGAAUAGUGAACCCUCACAUGUGGCUUCAGAUCUGCACACUACAGUUCACCUCUUGAAUGAAAGUUUGAGGCUCUUCUCACAUAAAAGGAACCGUGAUUCUUCAGUAACAGUUUUUCAAAUAUUUGAAGAACUGCAGUUUGCCUUGAGAAAUGAUGAGAAUUUAGCAGGAUUUAUAAGGACAACCUGUGAAAUAGCUAAUUACAUGAACAGCCGAGGACGUUUGUCAAAGGAUGGAUCCACACACUCAUUCAGUUUUAUUAGAUCUUCUUGUAGUUUUCUUCCCCAGAUUUUGGCCUUUCCCAAGGAUUCUCUUUGUUAUGGACAAGAACUGGAUUGGAAAGCUAUCGCUGAUAACUAUUUAGUAUUUCUGAAAAGCUUAUUCCACUCUCCAGUUACUUCAGUGACAAGGAUUUGGGCUUACACAAAGGAACGUUUGAAGAAGGAAAUACAUAAGCAGAAUUAUGAAGCUGAAAAGAUGACUUUUUAUCUAAGAUUUAUAGAUUUUUUGGAUGAGAUGUUUCUACCUGGUUCAUCUAAUUCGUAUGAAGGUCCUAAAUUUCCCAAUCUCUCAUAUCUCACAGACAUGAUCUUGAAUAAUACAUUCUUUAAGAGCCACGAUUCUGAAAUGUCAAGGGCUCAACAUUCUGCUCUUGAUACUCAGAGACUUUCUGAAGCUGUUAAAGCGAUGAUAGAGAAAACGUUUGCUAUGUUCUGGUCGAAGAAUGCAUCAGCAGCACUUUUGCAAAUAGAGGAAUUGAUCCUUAGUGAAAUUAACACAGGACUCCAAGAACUGUGGUUGUAUGACGUUCCAAAGGGAGAAAAAGAAAAGUUGGCCAUCUUGUCCAAAUUUUUAAAUUGGUCCAUUUCCCCAAAACAGAGUGGUCUUAACAAGGAUUUUGCAAAUUUCAGUGAAAAUAUUAUCAACAACCUCCACACUGCUGGAUUACUGAAGCAAGAACAAGUCACAGCAGCACUGAAUACAAUUUAUACUCUGAGAAAUGCAUCUACCUUCAUCUCAGUACCUGCUGCAUCUCAAAUUCAGGAAUUUCAAAAAAGAGUGACCCGUAUUUACCAAAAUACUUUUAAAGAUAAAGAUGCUGCUCGUCUUUUGCAAAUUUUUUCAUCCGUCUACCAAAAUGUCCAUAAGUUUUUCUCAAAUUUUAAGAGUAGAGACUUUUGGCUAAUAUUCCUGAAUCAAGUCUCAGAAGGCAUUUCAGAUCGUUUAGAAGAGUUUAAUUUCCAACACAUUAACAAAACGUUUGCAAUUGUAUCUGAAUCCGCAAGUCUCCUCCAUCAUCUCUCUGAAAAGUCUCUUUGUGAAAAACUAUUUUCAGUUUCUAAUUAUUUGGCAUUCGUAACACAUUCCCUGAUUCAGAAAGAAGGCCCCAAAAUGGAAAAAAUACACUUGCCAUUGAUGAUCCUGAAACAAAGGUUCAAAAUGAAUGAAAAUUUUCGGGUUUCUACGUUCUACUAUCUGAAACGGCUUUUUAAUUAUUCACUAGGAGGACUAGAGGACAAAUGCUUCGAUUUUGAAAAUGACAGGAUUCCUUAUGUGAAUUAUUCAAUUGAUUCAGAUAAUUCACUAAUUCAACACCUGGGCAACAUACUGUCAAAUUGGUCAGAUGGUGGUAGUAAAGUUAAUAGGUCUUUAGACCCACUUUGCACCAUCUCAUGGGUUCAGAUGUUAGGUGAUGUAUUGGAAGGCACAUCUCAAACCUUAAAAUUGGAAUUAAAGUUUAUCUCUUCUCUUCAGGUUGGACUAAGGGAACUCUCUGAAGGAUUAAAAUACAAAUUUAAUAUUUCAGAAAAAUGCGCGCUAAUUUUUCCCUACCAGGCUAGUACUCAUUUGGUUAUGAGUUUAUUAAAAAAUAUAACUCAGGCUAGCGCUAAUAGCAAUUGGAAUGAUUUUCAGGCUGUAAGUAGUCUUCUGGCUACAUUAGAAAAUGCAUUUGCUUCCUUGAGAUCAUUUAACACAGAAGGCUUCGAGAAAGCAUUUUUGAAUUUGGAAAACACAUUUCUCGAAUUAAAGGAAAUUCUGUUAAACAUUAAUAUUAGCAGGGAGUUUUUGGACUCUCUGUUUGAAGUGUUAAUUGAACUGAACCGUGCAAAAGAAUAUAUGGAUAGAAAUAUAAUCUUGAAAGCAUAUAAGUUUUCCAAAUCUUUACUAGGCUCUGGAGAAGAAAUUGAGACUGUUCUGACUGAACUAAGAGAGAUCAUGCAAUUCCUCAGAAAUGAAUCUCAUGAAAACUUAAUAUCUUGUGUCAGAAUUUUCACAAAUGUCACCAAAGAGCAUCCAUUGGCUGGAGGAAGUAUUUCCCAGGGCGUUUUGACUAAUUUAAAUUCCAUUUUCAAUUUAAACAAUAUUGUUAGUGAGCUAAAAAGUUGUAGCAGAUGGGUAGACAUAAUCAACAAUCUGAGAGAAAAAUGGAAUGCUAGUUCUCCACUCAUGGUCCAUGUCCAUGACAUUUUGGACUGGUUUACGUCUCUGGGAAGUGUCAGUGAUAGAGAAAAUGGAUUGAAGAACACAAUGAAAUUUGUAAAUUUGGCAUUAAGUAUUGCCACUCCUCUUUGCCCACUGGGAGAUUCCAAUAUGAACUGUGUAGCUUUUUACUUUGCAAAUGUAACAGAUCUUCUAAAAGACGUACUUACUCUUUUGUAUGAAAAAGAAAGAAUUCCAACCCUUGAGUUUAUUUCUACCCUUUUGAAUAAUUCAGGGGACCAAACUGAAGCAAUCAUCAACAAUUUAAUCAGAGACUUACAAUUCAUGUCUGAUUCAAACCAGAAACCUUUCACUAAAUUAAUUACAGGAACCAAAGUUAAGUCAAAUGAAUUCUCAAACCGAUUCCAAGAUUUGUGGGAACCUUCAUUGGCAUUCUUGAGAGAAAUUCAAAUGCUUAUGAAAAACCUUACAUUUCAAAUAUUACCAAACAACUCAUAUUCUGCCUCUGGAAGGCUUUUAAAAGUUUUUGCAACCUUUCCCAAAAAGGAAGGUGUAAAUCUAAGAGAUUCAAUACUGCACUUGGUUACUUACCUUGCAUUUAACAUGUCUCACAAUAAGCAGUAUUCUCCAAAUGCAACUCUCCAAACGGUUAAGAAAGCAGCAGGUUUUGAUAUUCAGGUAAUAAGGGACGUGAUCAACUUUUUAAUGCCUUCCAUUCUUCCAAACGUUCCUCAAGGGUCAGGAAACAUGCAGGUUUUAAAGACGAUCAAAACUCUGAUGCGUAACUUAAAAAAUAAAGACAUAGAACUUUUGAUGGAUCAAGUAGAACAACUGAGUGAAAGCAUGAAUUAUUUCUUUAAGAACAUCCAUACAGGGCAGAGUGGAAAUUCUAAGAUAAAUCUUCUUGUUAGGUUAAUGGAGUCAUUGGUAAACAGUUCACAUUCCUGGAGUAUUAGCCAUUUGUGGCAAUUUUCACGCCUAUUCCCCCCCAAAAUAGUUAAUUCUGUAAUAGAUGCAUACAAUAUGCUUCCUUAUGGAGUGAGCCUGCUAAAGAGACUGGCUCAUGGAAAUCUCACCGAGGCUCUGAAAGACCUCUACGAGUUCACCUUGUCUCAUGGGACAAACAUCUCCAUAGUCACAAAGGAAGACAUUGCCAACACAUUAAAAGACCUUCUAGAUAUUGCAGAACUAGUGAAGGAUAAGCCAAAUAUCUCAAUAGAAGCAUUAGUUUGUUUCCCCAUUAUAUGGUGCCAGAACCUUACAACUUCAAUAUCUCAUGAGAAUGCAUUACUGGAAGCUUGCAGUGUACACAGUUUUGGUGAUUUUUCUAUAUAUAGCAAAAUGGCUGGCGUACUUAAGCACCUCAGGUUGAUAUCUUUAGGAAAUGAUUUACAGUGCUCAAAUGACACCUUUAUGAUGGACAUAACUCAGAAAUGGAUUUGUUUCCUUCGUGAGUUUGAAGAAUGGAACUCUAUUUUUUUGAAGGUUUCUGAGGUGUUCCACAUCAAGUUCUCCAUUGUGAAAGAGCUCCAAGUGUUUUGGCAUAAAGUAGCAACUUAUGCCUUGCCUUCUGGAAGCCAAGGCAAAGAUAAUUACUCCAUUCAAUGCACUUCCUCACCAAUGAAGCAAAGUGCAUUUCAAUUCAUAGAAAACCUAACUAAUGUAAACCAAACAGAAAUUAUGAUAGCCAAAGAUCAUUUUGAACAGCUAAUAGACCUGGCCAAGGGGUUCUACCUGAAUGGAAGUGGAAACUUAUUAAUGCCAAGCAACCGUUUUACUUUGAAAAGCUUGGCAAAGUUUGUCUCUGGGGGCAUGGGUACAGAAAAUCUCUUUUCUUUUUUCCUGUCACUAGUGAGGCCUUUGAUGAUGAACUCUCCCAAUGGAAAUAAGGCUUAUGAUCUCUUAACAGCUCUGUCAAACUAUAGUAAGAACAGUGAUAUACUUGGUAAACUUGAAACCUUGGGGAACCAGUCAGAGAUUGUUGUGAAGGACAUCGUGAAGGACUUAAAUGUUAAACACCUACUCUCGAUGAUCAAAGAAGAAAUUAACUUAAUACAUGCUGUGGCUAUUCAGAACAUUAGCUUACCACUUGUACAGUUUUUGAGACAAUUGAAUUCAUCUCUGCCAUCAGUAAGAAUCUUUGAAGACUUUUUACUCACUAAUAGUGCCUGGCUACAUGAGUAUUUUAGUGGCAACUUCUCUCGAAUAAUACACACGUUGAUCCUUCUUAUGGCCAAUGAAAGUUCACCUAGUGAUACAGCUUGGAUGAUGAAAGGUAUUACAGAUUUUCUGGAACACUUCAAGAAUGUCUCUAGAGAAGUAAACAGUCCCUUCACAUUUCUUGCUCAUCUGCUAAGCCAGGAAAAAUGGAUUCGUUUCUCCCUCGCUCAUUUGCUUUUUGAGGGCAUCUUGUUUAAUGCAACCCUAGACAUUGCUGGCAGGUCUAAGGAAGCAGUCCAGCAUUUAAAUCAUAGUGACCUUCAAGUGAUGGACUUCAUUGAUCUGGUCUUUAAUUCUACACAGUUUGAAAACUAUGGGAAAAAUCUCUCUCUUUAUCCUAGUAGGGCAGAGGAAUUCAUAGAUCAGAUUUUGCAAAUGUUCUCCUCGUCUUCAUCAAAAGAAAAUUUCAGAAACAAAAUCAUUCUCCUGUUAAAAGACUUCCAUAAAGACAUAAUUGCAGAAAUGAGUAUUUUUCCCAAGGACAAGAUUGCAGAUAUUUUAAAGUUGGAUCCACUCAUUAACGUGAUGGAAGAAGAAAGCAGUAUGACAGGAAUUUUUUCUACUUUAAAGGAAAGAAUUUAUGACCUAAUCAAACAUGCAUUUUUAUUAGAGAAUGGGACAUUUCACUUUGACAGGCCACAAGAAUUGAAGUUUGUGAAGGAUGUAUUUAAUGUUCUUUUAAGAGAAAUCACUAUGAAUAAUAAGUCUGAAAGUCAUUUUGAAAUGGUUUCAAUUGCCAACCAGUUGCUGUCUAUGAUGAAUCACUCCAGAGACCUAUCCCAACUGAAUAAAGAUCUUAACAGGAGUCUAGUCCUUGUAAGGCAGGCUUCGGCAGAAUUAGAAAAUCUCCUGAACAUUAUUUUCAGAAAUAACAUGAAGGAUUUUCAGCUUUUGUAUCCAACCCUCCAAGAGACGGUACUUGCCAAAUUAACAGAGUUGUUGCGCUUAAGUGACAAAAAUUUUCUUCUGCGUAACAGAGAAGCAAUAGAAGUUACCUUGGACUUGCUACAUAUCAUCUCACAGACAAUUAGAGAACAUGAUUCCCCUGAACCUUUAUUCCAAAUAUCGAAUACUUUGAACACUUUAUUGCAGGACAUCGGUGAGUUUAGGGGGCUGGCUAAAUCGGUAGACAAGGUUAUUGAAUUUCUUAGACUUUCCAAAAUGUUUUCAGAAAGGUUAAUCAAUAUCUCAGAAACUCACUUCAGCUCCAAAAUGAAAGGCUAUUUCCAUUCCAUUGACAUUCUCUUUUCAGUGUUGCAAGAAGCCGUUCAUGGUGCAAUGAAUGAAUUAGUUACUACCAAGAAUCCAGAACAUUUACCCUCUCAUAAAGUUGAGGACCUGUUGAAGCUAUUUCUUAAUUUGACCUAUUGGACUAUCCAGAUGAAACCAUAUCGGUCAAAUGAAUCUGAAAUUGUAAAUAUGCCAGCCAGUUUCCUUAGAAAUCUAAGCCAAUCCAAGGACUUUUCCAGAAUUGUAGAAGAUAUUUCUGAAUUUUUAACCAGUGUGGAAAAUGAUUCUGUUGAUUUGGGAAAUUUUAUGGAAGCUAUGAUAAAUUCAACCCAAAAUUCACCCAGAGGCAUUGUCAGUUUAAUGCAUGAGGUUCUCAAUGGUUUGUUGCCAAUAAAUGAUUUAACUAGCAGUAUAAACUUACUGAAUUCCAAACUGAAUUCAACUCAUCACAAAAUCCAACAAACAAAAUGGGAAAUGAUUCAAGAAGCAAUUCAUUUUUUCAGUAAUUUAUUGUCACCAAAAAGCUCAGAAUCAGAAUUGUACUUGAAAAUGAUGGUUUUGAAAGCUUUCUCAAAAAAUUUACUAGAGAGUGGUUUGAAUGUAUCAGAUCAUUUGCGAACAUAUGCCCAGUUUCAAACCAAUUUUUCUCAAGUCACAGAAGCAGCUGAGAAUAUGUUUAGUUUGAUAAAACGUUUUGCUGGAAGAUUGGUAGGCGAGGCACUAUUUUUUGAUAACACUAACCUACAUAAUGCAAAUCACCAACAACUGGAAAGAAUAAUUGAGGUUGGACUAAGUGAAGUGGCCAUUUGGUUGAAGUGGUUGCCACUUCAGAUAAAUGAGAUGAAAACCGUAUUCAAACAAGUUUUGGACUCAUUUGGUAAUGCAACAAUCGGAGAAGGUGUUAUCUCAGAUUUAAUGAAAAACAUUGUACAACAGAUGCAAGAUUUUCCUCACACAUUCAGAUCUAAAUCACCUUACGGAAAAUAUUUGAAGGGAAUCAUUGAAUUGACUGAAGCCAGGCUAAAAGGCCCACUGGGAGAGAAAAGUGUCUUUGAAAUAUGUCAACUCUUCCAGCAUCACUUCAAGCCCUCUGAAAUCCAAAUACUGCAGAAGGUGAAGAUGACAUUUUUGAACAUAUUGUUGAUCCUAACAGAUGAGCCUACUUUUAUUAGAGACAGUAUGUGUGCUUUUAUGAGCUGUGAGGAGAAUUUAACAAGGCAGAUCCUCUUUCUGGUAAUUCGAGGAAUCAGUUUGGUAGCUGACCAUUACCAGGAGAUUAAAACAAUCUGGACCUCUCCCAUUCAUGGAAGCUGUGAAAGCUUUGUAGAUAUUAGCAGGAAGCUUUCCUUAGCCUUGCUGCACUGGAAGGGAAACUUGGGACACGCUUCGGGCAAAGAUUGUCAUUGUCGCCUGAUGUUACAGAACAUCCAACCGCACAUGCAGAAGUUGGCCAAAAGCCUUGAGGAACCUUUGUCUCGAAAUCCCACUGCAGCCUUCCUUAGCAAUUUCAGCAUUAUGGGUGAUGUGAAAUUAAAAGAUUGUGUGCAGAAUAUCACCACAUUUACACAAGAGCUUCUUUCUUCAACCAACCUCUCCAUCGAAGCCAUCAACAGCAUUUUAGAAGCAAAUAUCUCACAUUCAAGGUUUCUUUACAGUACUGUUGCAGUAGCUUUGGCUGGAAGAUGUGACGAAGAAGUUCUCAGUCUCCUGCUGACAUUUCCCACGGAAGUCAAAACUUCUCUUGCUGUGAAAGAACUCUGCACCUUGCCUCUGUUGGAUGUGUACAGACUUCUCAUAGUGAUUGGCCAGAAUCUAAAUUUACGUGCUUUCAUCUACAAAACUCAGAUACCUUCUGAAGCAGAUACCUUGCUUAAAUCCCUCUUGGAUGUGGUUUCCAGCAUCAGCUCCUUGCUUGGUAAAGUGCAACAUAUUCUCGAAUACCUUCCCGAAUUUCUUCAAAUCUUUAAAAACAUUGCCUUGUUUGAUAUUCCUGCUCUUCAACAGUUUCCACAGAGUGUCCAGUCUAGAAGUUCUAUCUUUGGUUCCCUUCAAUCAGUUAUGAAGAUGGUCUGUAAAGAUGAAGCUUCUUUCUUUAACAAUCCAAGUAUGUUCUUUAAUUUGCCCAAGAUUUCUGAUCUUGAGGAAGAGGAUAAGACAAAAUUCAACAUUCCCAAGGAUUCAACUCCAUUUUGCCUGAAGCUCUACCAGGAAAUAUUACAGUCUCCAAACGGGGCUGUGAUAUGGGCCUUCCUCAAACCUGUUUUACACGGGAAGAUCUUGUACACACCCAACAUUCCAGAGAUCAAUAAGGUGAUAGAAAUGGCUAAUUACACUUUUGCCUUUGUGGACAAGCUGAAGAGUUUUUCAGAAUUCUUGUUGAAAAUAUCUGAUAUGUUUAAAGGAAGUGAAAACAUCCAAAUGAUCAACCAGCUCCAGGAGGCCCUGAGGAACAGUUUUAUAAGAAACUAUGUGCAAAGUCAGUUGCAAAUUGAUGUGGAGAAACUCAUUGGAAAACUACAAAUAUAUGAGGAUACGGUGCAUAAGAUGUUGAACAGCUCAGUGGCUGAACAACUCCAUUUACUGGUUCGAGUUAUGGUAAAUAUGUCAUCGUGCGUACUUUUGGAUCGCUUCCAACCUCUGGAUUCUGUUGAAAUCCUGGAGAAGAAGGCUCGUGAACUCAUGCAACAAAACAAUUUCUUGGCUAGUAUUAUAUUCAACAGUUCUUUGAAUGAUGGGAAGUAUAAAGCAGAUUCUGCUCACCGCCUCCCACAUCACAUUGUCUAUACGAUUAGAACCAGCGUCUUGUAUAGUAUGAGAACAGAUGUGGUAAAAAACCCUCUGUGGAAAUUCCACCCCCAAACCCUGCCAGCUGAUGGAUUUAAAUAUAACCACAUCUUUGUCCCCCUCCAAGACAUGAUUGAAAGAGCCAUCAUUUUGGUGCAGACUGGACUCGAUGUGGUAGAACCAACCCUGCAAGCACAAGCGAUGCCCUAUCCGUGUCACACUAGUGACUUAUUCUUGAACAAUGUUGGUUUCUUUUUUCCACUGAUAAUGAUGCUAACGUGGAUGGUAUCCAUCGCCAGCACGGUUCGGAAGUUGGUUUACGAGAGAGAGAUUCGGCUGGAGGAGUUCAUGAGAAUUUCGGGAGUGCAUCCAGCUGUUCAUUUCCUAGCCUGGUUUCUAGAGAAUACCAUUAUGUUCACAAUAAGCAGCCUGGCUCUGGCCAUCAUCUUAAAAGCAAGUGGCAUCUUUGUACAUAGCAACGCCUGCAUCAUUUUCCUCUUCCUGCUGGAUUUUGGGAUUUCGGUUAUCAUGCUGAGUUACUUCCUAGGGGCAUUUUUCAAGAGCGCAAGUACAGCAGCUCUCUGGACAAGCCUUCUAUAUGUGAUCAGCUUCCUACCGUAUAUAGUGCUACUGGUUCUUCAGAAUCAAUUAAGCUUUGCUAUGCAGACCGUUCUGUGCUUUCUAUCUACAACUGCGUUUGGGCAAGGAGUGUUUUUCAUAACAUUUUUAGAAGGGCAAGAAACAGGGAUUCAGUGGAAUAAUAUAUACAAUCCUGUGGAAUUAGGAGGAGAUAUGACAUUUGGCUGGGCAUGCUGGAUGAUUCUCUUUGAUUCAACUGUGUAUUUUGUAUGUGGAUGGUACUUCAGUAAUUGCAUUCCUGGACCAUUUGGAAUAAACCAGCCAUGGUAUUUUCCAUUUACUCUGUCCUAUUGGCAGAACUUGUGUGUUCUGGAAAAGAAACAGCAACCCAGGGUACAUUCUGAUAUAUUCUUCCUCAAAGGACACUACAGAGAGAAAGGUUCUUCUUACAAAUUUCACCAAGGUUCACUGGAAAAACUUUCUGUAGGAGUUGCGCUGACUUCCGUCACAAAGAUGUAUAAUGACAACCGAAAGAUGGCAGUUAAAGACCUCACCCUCACAUUCUACAGAAAUCAAAUCACGGCGUUGUUGGGACCCAAUGGGACUGGAAAAACAACCAUCAUAUCCAUGUUAGCGGGACUCUACCCACCUACAUCGGGUGUCAUCACCAUUAAUGGAAAGGACACGGAGACAGAUCUUCCAGCUAUCAGAAUGGAGCUGGGAGUGUGCCUUCAGCAGGAUGUCCUGUUCGACAACCUCACUGUUCGAGAACACCUGGAGCUCUUUGCUACACUAAAGGCACCCCUCUGGACCAAGAAAAAAUUACAGCAGCAAGUCAACGAAGCCCUCAAAGAGUUAGAGUUAACCCACCAUCAGCACAAACCAACCAGAGCGCUCUCUGGGGGGAUGAAAAGAAAACUCUCAAUUGGCAUUUCUCUAAUUGGAAACUCGAAGAUCGUCGUACUGGAUGAGCCGACCAGUGGGGUGGAUCCUUGCUCACGCCGGGCCAUAUGGGAUAUUCUACUGAAGCAUCGCAAGGGCCGGACGCUCAUCUUCACCACCCAUCAUCUGGAUGAGGCAGAGGCACUCAGUGACCGAAUUGCCGUUCUCCAUCAUGGGAGGCUUCACUGCUGUGAUUCUCCCUCAUCCUUGAAGGAAACCUACGGCCACGGACUCAGUCUGACACUCACAAAACAACCAUCCACGUCGGAGAUCCAUGACACUCAGAAUGUGGCUCGCAUCACGUCUCUGAUACAGAUCUACAUUCCACAAGCAUUGCUCAAGGGAAAUAGCAGAAGUGAAUUGAUGUAUGCAAUUCCAAAAGAUGCCGAUCAGACUUGCUUUAAAGGACUAUUUCAGGCUCUGGAUCAAAACCUACAUCAUCUGCACGUAACUGGUUAUGGAAUUUCAGACACCACCUUAGAAGAGGUAUUUCUGAAGCUUCUGCAAGAUCCAGAGAUUACAUCACCUACUCCCACGACUGUGGACUUGGAUCCCCUCUUCAAGAGCAGCAUCGGACAGUCCUAUAGCAACAGUGACCUUUUCAUGAGGACGCAACCUCCUCCAGGGGAAUGUGUGCUUCUCAACCAGAUGGUUGCACUCCUGAGGAAACGGUUCCAUCACACAAGGAGGGGCUGGAAGGGCACCCUCUCAGACAUCGGUCUCCCCGUCCUCUUUGUCGCCCUGGCGAUGGCCUUGUUCAUGGUGAAACCCCUGGAGAUUGAAUAUCCCUCCCUCAGGUUGACCCCGGGGCACUAUGGAAGUGCAGAAACUUAUUUUUUUAGCAGUGAAAAUGAUGAUGUAGAUCUUUCCCGUGUGCUACUGAGACACUUUGGACCCCAGGAUCAGCUCUGUGCAUCUGUAAAACAAAAGAAAGAAAAUAUUUCAUGCUGGCAAACUGAUCCCAGUUCCCGUGAAGUGUUUCAGGAUUCAUGUGGAUGUUUGAAGUGUCCAAAUAACACUAUCAGCGUUCCCUAUCUGAAGAACAAUAGAGGACAUAAACUCUUAAACCUUUCAGCAGUCAAUGUGGAAGAAUAUGUGUUGAGACCUUCGAAAAAUCCAAGGCUUGGAGGCUGGUCUUUUGGGACAAAACCACCACAUUCAGGUCAAGAAGCAAUAUUUCAUGAAUCCAGAACGAAGAAACUGGCUAAGGUUUGGUACAACCAGAAGAGUUUUCAUUCACUCCCGUCUUACUUAAAUCACCUAAACAACCUCAUCCUGUGGCAACAUUUACCUCCUUCGGUGAAUUGGAGACAGUAUGGAAUAACCCUCUACAGCCACCCAUAUGGAGGGGCCUUACUUAAUGAGGACAAGAUAUUGGAGGGCAUCCGUCAAUGUGGCGUUGCACUCUGUAUCGUUCUGGGGGUCUCCAUCCUCACCGCUUCCAUCGGCAGCUCCAUCGUUCAAGACAGAGUGUCUGGGGCCAAAAGACUACAGCACAUUAGUGGACUAGGGUACAGGACCUACUGGUUUACUAAUUUCAUUUAUGACAUGCUAUUUUAUCUGGUUGCAGUUAGCCUGUGCAUUGGCGUUAUUGUUGCUUUCCAGCUAACAGCCUUCACUUUCCGAGAGAACUUAGCAGCCACCGCCCUCCUGCUGGCUCUUUUCGGAUAUGCAACGUUACCAUGGAUGUACCUAAUGUCCAGAAUCUUCUCAAGUUCCAAUGUAGCUUUCAUCUCUUACGUCUCCUUAAAUUUUAUCUUUGGACUUUGUACCAUGUUAAUGACUAUUAUGCCAAGACUAUUAGCUGUGAUCUCCAAAGCAGAGAAUUUGCAGCAGAUCUAUAGUGUUCUCAAAUGGGUCUUUACAAUUUUCCCUCAAUUCUGCCUGGGUCAGGGCUUGAUAGAACUCUGCUACAACCAGAUCAAGUUCGAUCUAACCCACGACUUUGGCAUUGACCCAUACGUCAGCCCCUUUGAGAUGAAUUUUCUGGGUUGGAUCUUCAUGGAAAUGGCACUACAGGGAACCAUCCUGCUCGCCCUUCGAUUUUUCCUACACUGGGAUCUGUUGCAGAAGCCAAGGGAUUCCACCUCCAUCAGCAGCAGCACCCUGGAUCCUGAGGAAGAUUUGGAUGUCAGAGUGGAACGUUUGCGGCUCCUUGGGGGCCAAACUGACAGGGAUGUUCUUCUGUUGUACCACUUGGAGAAAUGCUACCAACACUUCCACAAGAGAAGCACAGCUGUGAAAGAUAUUAGCUUGGGAAUACCAAGAGGAGAGUGCUUUGGGCUCCUGGGAAUGAAUGGAGCGGGAAAGAGCACAACAUUCAGGAUGCUAACCGGUGACAUCCCUCCAUCGGGAGGCCGAGCUGUUUUCAAGACUCCAACAGGAGAUGAGAUGGAUGUAUCCUCUGCCAAUGCUGCAGGCAUUCUGAUUGGCUACUGCCCACAGAAAGAUGCCCUGGAUGAGCUGCUGACGGGUUGGGAACACCUUUAUUAUUACUGCAGUCUGCGUGGGGUUCCAAAGCAAUAUAUCUAUCAGGUUGCCGGGGACCUCGUGUGUCGGCUGCACCUCGAUGGCCACAUGGACAACCCAGUGAAGACUUACAGUGGCGGCACCAAGAGAAAACUCUCCACUGCCUUGGCCUUAAUCGGGAAACCCCAAAUUCUCUUCCUGGAUGAACCCAGCUCCGGGUUGGAUCCAUGCUCUAAGCGGUACCUGUGGAAAACCAUCAUGAAGGAAGUUCGGGAAGGCUGUGCUGCCGUGUUGACCUCCCACAGCAUGGAGGAGUGCGAAGCAUUGUGCACAAGGCUGGGGAUUAUGGUCAAUGGCAGUUUCAAGUGUCUCGGUUCUCCUCAGCACAUUAAAAACAGGUUUGGACAUGGUUAUACAGUCAAGAUUUGGCUUAGCGAAGAACUAUGUCAACAGAAAACCAUCUCUGACUGUCUGAUGCUACACUUCCCGGGAAUCCAAUUUAAGGGACAGCACCUUAAUUUAUUGGAGUAUCAUGUGCCCCAGAGAUUGGGCCGCUUAGCAGAGUUGUUCACAGUUCUGGAGAACAAGAAAGUUUUGCUGAAUAUCAAGCACUACUCCAUUAGCCAAACUACUUUAGAACAGGUAUUUAUUAAAUUUGCUACUCAGGAGCAGGAAAAUCAGCAACGAACUCCUGAUUCUUCCACCAAUCUGUAUCAUCUUCACCAUCUACCGAUUUAA